GAAUAUUAGCCUAUAGCGACUAAUCAAAUUCCACUUCUCAAUUUUCAAAGGCAGGUUAAAUAUAAAGAAAAAGUGGAAACCUAGUUGGUUGCUACGGGAAACCGCUGCAGUUUUCUAUUAUCUAAUUUUUUUAUUGUUAACAAGAACACAAAUGUUGAUAAAUGUUCUUCAAUCGAACAGAAUUGCUGCAAAGUUAAGACGCAAAACAAGAAAGGAAUCAAGUCAGAUCAAAGAGCCUCAAGUUAGUAGACAGUUCUGCAGCCGUCAGGACAGAAAAGGAGAAACGGCCAUGCAUCGAGCUUGCCGGAGCAACAAUGUCAAGAAGCUGCACCUACAGCUCUCCCUCCCCGGAAUGGACAUCAAUGCAAAAGACAAUGCCGGCUGGACGCCUUUACACGAGGCCUGUAACCAUGGCAGCACAGAAUGUGUCCGGGAGAUUUUGCAGCGCUGCCCAGAAGUCGACUUGCUCAGUCAUGUGGAUGGCGUGACGCCCUUACAUGAUGCUCUACAAAACGGACAUAUUGAAAUUGGCAAAAUGCUUCUCCAACACGGGGGAGCAGUCAUUUUGCAGAAACAGGAUUCGGAUGGGAAGUUUCCUCUGGAUUAUGUCUCUUCUCCGCAGCUAAAAAAUGAACUCUUUGCAGUGGUUGAAGUGGAAGAAAGUGUUAAGGAUUUUCACCAAAUGUCCAUUCAAGCAUCUGAUAAUCGUAAACUAGAAUUUAGUGCAUUCCUCCUCAACAGAAUGUUAGUCAAUUUUAUUUCUGUGUAUGGUUUGCCUUCAGAUGUCGUUACCGCCAAAGCACUGUAUCCCGACUCGGCUCUUUUAGCGCGUCAUUCAAAAAGCACACGCACUGCCUUCAGCGACUUAGUCGUGGAAACCUACCUGGAAGCUUUAGCCACAAUGGAUAAUGUGAGUGACCUUUUACAGUCCAUUCCAGAUUCCCUUCUCGAGAAGCCUGGAUUUAAUAUGAAGGUCCUACUCGCUGUCCUUCAUACUCUGGCCUCCUCUUCACAAUGUCCUAAGACAUUGAAGAGAAGCCGCUAUGAAAUGCAGCCUAGCACCAGUCAGCUCUGA